AUUGGGAGGGUGGGGGGGUGAGGCCGAGGACCGGGCCCGGGAGGCACCAUGGCGGCCGCCCUGGGCGCGGGCGGAGGAGCCGGAGCCGGAGAUGAUGACUUUGAUCAGUUCGAUAAACCUGGUGCAGAACGGUCUUGGAGAAGAAGAACUGGAGAUGAUGACUGGGAUAGUGAACUCGAAGAUGACUUGCUUGGAGAGGAUUUACUAUCUGGCAAAAAGAAUCAGUCCGAUUUGUCAGAUGAAGAACUGAAUGAUGAUCUUUUACAAAGUGAUAAUGAAGAUGAUCCAAAUUUCAGUUCUCAGGGUGUCACAAUUAGUCUUAACACAACGUCCGGGAUGGUUACAUCAUUUGAACUCUCAGAGAGCACCAAUGAUCAGUCUGUGGAACAUGAAGCGGAGUAUGAGCAAGGGGAGGAUGAAAUGGUUUAUCACAAAUCUGAUGGAUCUGAAUUGUACACUCAAGAGUACACAGAUGAAGGACAGUAUGAAGGCACUGAUGCUGAACUGACAGAAGACCAAAUAGAAUAUGUGGAAGACCAGGGGGAAGAAGAAAUUUACAAUGAUGAAGUGCUAGACAUUGAAAUCAAUGAACCUCUAGAUGAAUUUCCAGAUGAAGAAUGUAUACAGUCAUAUGGUGAACAGCAAGGGAUGCAAGAGCAAGCAGACUAUGUUGCUGAAGAGGAAUUAGAGGAGAUUCCUGAUUCUCAAGCUGCUCCUGAAUCUGAUGAGACAGCUAUUGAAACUUUGGAACUUCAAAAGGAAACAAAGGAGGAAUCUGAUGAAGAGGAGGAAGAUGAUGAAGAAUCUGGUCGAAUACGAUUCAAAACUGAACGUAAAGAAGGAACGAUCAUUAGACUAUCAGAUGUUACCAGAGAGAGAAGAAACAUUCCAGAAACUUUGGAACUUUCUGCAGAAGCCAAAGCUGCAUUACUUGAAUUUGAAGAAAGGGAACGGCAACACAAGCAGGGCCGCUAUGGCUCAAGAAGAGGUGGAAGAAGAGGAGGAUCCGUAAUGUGUCGAGGAAUGGGAGAUCAGAGAAGAGAUAACAGUGAACGAGGAAGAAUGAAAGACCACAGGCCUGCUUUGCUACCUACACAGCCUCCUGUAGUGACUCAUUCACCAAGGCUAAUUCCUCCACCACAGUCUCAACCCCAGCCUCAGCCUCAACCUCAGCCUCAGCCUCAGCCACAGCAACAACCUCCACCCCCACCUCCACCUCCUCCACCUCCUCCUCCUCAACAGCAGCAGCCUAUUAGAAGUCUUUUCCAGCAACAACAGCUGCAGCCUCUGCUCCCCUUGCAGCACCCACACCAUCCUUCACCUCCUCAAGCGAUGCACAUGCCACCCCAAAUGGAAACCCCUAGAAUAAUGAUGACGCCUCCCCCCGUGACACCCCAACAACCGAAAAAUAUUCAUAUAAAUCCACAUUUCAAAGGGAAUGUAGUCACCCCAGUUCAAGUGCCCUUGUUACCGGUACCAAACCAGCCAAGACCUGCUGUAGGACCCCAGAGAUUCCCAGUUCCCCCAGAGUUCCCGCAGCACACACCUGGGCCCGUCCCCUCUACUUUCAGUCAGCCCCCGCGGCUUCCACUCCAGGACCAGUGGAGAGCCCCCCCACCACCACAGGAAAGAGAUCCUUUCUUCUUAGGAGUUUCAGGAGACCCAAGGUUCCCAAGCCAUCAUUUAUUUGAGCAACGCAGUCCCCCACCGCCGCCACCUCCUCCCACGCUUCUUAACAGCAGCCAUCCGGUUCCUACCCAGAACCCCUUGCCUUUCCCUCAGCCUGGACCAGCAUUUAAUCAACAAACACAGCAACCGGUAUUUCCCAGAGAAAGGCCAGUAAGACCAAAUAUCCAGCCUCCAGGUCCUGUGGGGAUCCUUCAUUUCAACCAACCCGGCACACCAAAUACCCGGCCUUUCAUUCCUCCUAGACAGCCAUUCUUACCGGGCCCAGGACAGCCGUUUCUGCCAACGCAUACUCAGCCCAACAUGCAGGGCCCUCUGCACCCUCCAUUGCCGCCGCCUCAUCAGCCCCAGCCCCAGCCUCAGCCCCAGCAUCAGCAGCCGCAACAAGCCCAGCACCAGCCACAACAUCACCAGCACCAGCCGCAGCACCCCCAUCCGCCGCAGCACCCGCCGCCGCAGCACCCGCCGCCGCAGCACCCGCCGCCGCCGCACCCACCGCCGCCGCACCAGCCGCCGCAGCACCCGCCCCAGCACCAGCCGCCGCAGCACCCCCCGCCCCAGCUUCAGCACCCACAUCACCAUCACCUUUCCGUCCCACCGCCACCUCUGAUGCCUAUGGCGCAGCCUCAGUUCAGGCCCCACAUACAGACGGCCCAGCCGCAGCAAGCCAGCAAUCGAAUGCAGUGUCCCCAGCGACAGGGUCCGAGACACAGUACACCUUCGCAGAAUGUUUCCAAGCGGCCGAUUCAGCAGAUGCAGCCAACCGCUCCAAGGAACAGCAAUUUACGUGAAUUACCGAUAGCGCCAGCACACGUUCUGGAGAUGAGUAACAACCGUUGCAAUGCUACCCCUGCAGCCCAGGUGAAACCUCUCACCAGCACCCCACCACAACCACCAUCACCUUCUACCAGAUCUGUUGUUGGGGUCAGGACCCCCCAGGGAAAGACUGAAAUGAAAGCCAGACCAGUUCAUCCUGUGGCUCAUACCAAAGUAGACGCAAAAAAUGAACCAGAAUUUUCCGAUGAAGAUGAAGAGACUAGGUUGUAUCGUUUAAAGAUUGAAGAACAGAAACGCUUACGGGAGGAAAUUCUGAAGCAAAAGGAGUUACGACGGCAGCAGCAGGCUGGUGCUCGGAAGAGGGAAUUACUUGAAAGACUCGCUCAGCAACAGCAACCUUACACUCCCCAGCCCUCAGUAGAACAAGAAGAGGAACCAUCAUUGUCCCCAACCAAUGGCAACCCAUUGCUACCUUAUCCCGGGACGCAGGCCAGACCAAAUGUGAAAAACAGGCUUCUGGUCAAAAAGCAAGAUGCAAUCAUUACAGAAGUUCAACCCAAAACACCGAAUUUCGGGCAAGGCGGGGCAAACUUGCAGUAUCCAGGACAGCAGAUGAAACCAGUGAAACAGUUGAGGCAGAGUAGAACAGUUCCUCCGGGUCAACCCCAGCCACCCCAGAAAGGGCAGCCAACAAAGCCAGUCGACACGGACGAAGCUCUGCACCUCAGCCAGGCUGCUAGAGUGGCGUCAGUACAAGGCCGACCCCAGGAUAUGAAGCCUGGCGUGAAAAGGACCGUAAUGCAGCGAACGAACACUGGUAGUGGAGAUGGGCCACAUGUGAGCUCCAAAGUCAGGGUGAUUAAGUUGACAGGAGGGCAGGGGGGAGAGAAUGUUGGCUUUUUUCACCCAGAGGGCCAUCCCCAACGGCUCCCGCCGUCUCCAGAACUGAGGCAGCAGCCUGUGCGGAAGGUCACGCUGACAAAGGGAACGCUUCAGCAGCAGCAGCAGCAGCAAUAUCAGCAGCAGCAGCAAUAUCAGCAGCCGCAAUAUCAUCCGCAGCAGCAGCAUUUAUCGGGGGCAGCCCAGAUCCACUCAACUGGCCCUCCAGGAAUCAGAAACAUCCAGGGAAUUCACCCAGCCAAGAAGGUCAUUAUGCACGGGAGAGGCAGAGGAGUAGCAGGCCAGAUGGGCCGGGGACGCUUGAUGCCAAAUAAACAGAAUCUGCGCGUGGUGGAGUGCAAACCUCAGCCCUGUAUUGUGUCAGUUGAAGGGCUUUCUUCAUCAACUACUGAUGUCCAACUGAAAAACCUGCUGAUGUCAGUAGGACCCAUUCAGAGUUUACAGAUGAUUCCCCAGCAACGGAAAGCCAUAGCGAAGUUUAAGGAGCCAGAACACGCAUUAGCAUUUCAACAGAAAUUCCACAGGCACAUGAUAGAUUUGUCCCACAUAAAUGUGGCCCUGAUUGUUGAAUGAUUUCUCCUGAGUGAAACUGGUUCUUACACUAGUAGAAGCUACUGUGGAAUUUCUCCAGGAAGCAGAUUUAGAAGCUGGAUCAUCAGGAUCUUAGAUCUUUUCAGCCUUACAAUUCUUGUUUAACUGUUGUCUGGAACUACAGAACACAAAACAGAAUUGACUCAAGAGAAGCUGAACUGAAGGAUCCAGAGAACUGGAGCUUGGGUGUUAGAGUCUCCCUGCUAUUGUAACCAUGAUGAACUACAGUUUUUUGUGUUUUUUUUAAGUGCUUACCAAUGCAUGUAGACGUUGUUCUUCAAGAUAUGACUGUGUGAUCACAGUAACUUAGAUUGAGGAAAGAACACUCAUGUCAUAAAUUAUAAAGAUUUUCCAUAGAAAAGAAUAUUUGAUAAUGGUUGCUCUUAUCUUCAGUACAGGCUAGAAAAUCCCUUUCUCCACCAACCUCAUGUAGAUUUGAAGGCUUUAGCAGUGCAUUCCAAACAGGGGCAGCUGAAUUCAUUGACAAUUGCAUAUCCUGGGUGUGCCCACGGGAUAAUAUCGCGUUCCUAUAAAUAUUCGCAAGCCCAGUCUCUGCAUUUUCUCUGUCCCUGCCAAACUCCCCACCCUUCUUCCAAACUCGCAAGCCCACUUUGCCAACCUUUCCAUCCUCCCAACUCCCAACCAUAGAAUUCCCUUUGUCCCCUUUCCUGAUCAAAACAAACAAAACAAAAAACAACUCUAGGCUUAACUGCUUUUCUCCCCGGCUAGAAAAGAAAUAUCAUUAUCUUCACCAUCAAGUAGCCCCAAGGGAGGGUUACUAGUAGCGAUGUAGGAAGGGUGCAGGAAGAAUUUGAAGAGCUUUCUGAGAUCCGAUGGGUUUUUUUCGGAGAUACAGCGUGGAAGUGGUAUAUUUGCACCGCUUCCCCUGUGUCUUGUGCCAUUGCUGUGGGGUACGGCUUCUAAAAUUCUUGAUUCGAUUGUUGAUUUUUUUUAAUUUCAGGCAUAUUGUGCAGGGGGGCUGUAGAGUCAUGCAGACAGUUCAAAGCUAAGAAAUUUGAAUUUGUGGCUUGUCCAUAUAUACGGAAAAGGGAUUAUGAGUGAUGGCUUACCUGGAGGUGGAACUGAUAGCUGCCGCCAUUAUGUGGAAAUAUUGAGGCUGCUCUUAGCAAGUUGGCCGCCAUGCUUCCUUUAGGUGAAAUCUCUCCCUUUUCCAUGGGCUCUAAAAUUAUUCUGGACAAUCCUUGCAAAGUGCCUUAAUUUAUGUCUGCACGUACGUUUUGUCAACAUUUUCAUUGAUUUGGGUAAAUUUCAAUUUGGAGACCGUACUCUUCGGGGAAAUACUUUAGGGCACACCUGGACUUCUGAGUCACCUUUUACACGUAGCUGUUUUGUAAAGUUGAUAGGCGUAUAAGUCCUUAAGUAAGAGGAUUCAAAAUGGUCUUGUAGGGCAGAUGCAUGGGGGGGGGGGGGGCAGGGAACAGCAUGAGUUCAAGGAACUGCGCAUUCGAAUCAGAUUCCUUGCUCGCCUUCUGUUGUCUUAGAGGACCAAGUCAACCUGGGCUUUAGCAACUGUUUCUUCCAACCAUAAUUCUAGCUGCCUCUCUGACUGAGCCAUCAAUACACAGCCCUCGAUACGGGGAUGGUGUCAUUUAUUGUAAGCGUGAUAGUGGACAAUGAAACUCAUUUCAUUGUUGCGCUUCGAAAAGGAAUAUUUGCCUCAGCAAGCUGGAAGGAAACCCAUGUCGGAGGAGAUGAGUAGGAAUACUUCCCUGCCGUGAGCUGGGUGUCUAGGGCAUGCACGGUCUCUGUGGGUCACCAGGUUUCCGCCAGUGGAAACUGCCUUCCUUGGAAUUGAGGAUUCACCGUAAUUGGCCGCUUCUCCCAGCCCAUGAUCGCACUGGGAAACUGAGGUUGUCAGGAGCAGACAAGCAGUAGCUAGGAGGAACUGACGCCAUUUAGGAGCCGAGUUUGGCAGUGGCCACACUCAUAGCCAAUCGCUCUGAUGGCAGUUGAGUUUGUUGUUGGAAUCUGAGCUUCGGUGGACAACAUCCACUCAGUUUGGCCAUUUAAAAUGAACGAUUUUAAAGAUUCCACCCUCUUUUCCAACACUGGCAGUUUUUUGGUUUUGAGAACAAACCAAAAAUCUGAACUGUGAGUCCCAAAAGUAGUAAGUAGACUCGUGAGGAUGUUUAUGCAUACUUCUCUGGGAGCACCACUGAACUAAAACCGAAUACUGUUUGUGCACGUGGAGGGCAGAGGCAGAUUUUUAUAUCGAGUUUCAGGUCUGCGUAUCACCUGAUCUGGGUAUUUGGUGUGGGUGCUGUGUGGGUAUGUAUGUGCAUGAGUUUUACACACGUGCAUAAACGACCAGUCCCUUAAGCAUGAUGAUAGUACGGCGGUCGAUACAGAAAACAUAUUAGAAUAAUGAAAUAAAAGUUAGACCUCUUUAAUGUGAUCUACCCCAAGCAAAUUGGGGAUGUUAGCAGAAACCAAUCGGAGGGAUAGCCUCAACAUUUAUAGUUCUGUGGGGUACCUCCCACAAUAGAGGAGGAAGGAGAAUUAGACAGUCAUGUUAUUUCGACUCUUACAGCAUUUCUAGCAGAUAAGUCUUAAUCUUAAGCUAAACCCUCUUUGGAAGAUCUGUUGCAACCAUUAUCUUUGUUCUUUCUUUAUCAUGCAUUUAAAUGAGAAGCAGAAUGCAAAAAUUGCAUUUGAUGUACUAUGUAAAUAUGGACCUUUUAAGAUUAAAAAAGAUUUCUCCAAGUGCUUACAAUUCAGCCACACCGUAGCUAUUUGUUAAUUUUUUGUGUUGUCUUAUCAAACUCCAGUGGAUACCGUUCCAUAAAUGUUGAUGUGUUUUUGUGUAUCUCUUCAAUUUUUAUAAAGAUGGGAGUAAGUCAAUA